AUGACGACGCAAGUCGCGAAUCAGGACCAAAUCACGGGCGUCUACCAGCCCAAGGACGCUGUCGGCGCGGCCAUCAAGGCCACCGCUGUCACAGGCGCGGCUGGUGCUUUCAUCUCUGCCAUCCAGAACACCCUUACCAAGCAGAAUGUCGGCGCCAUGGCUUUUCUUACCCGAACAGGAGGAACAAUCUGGACGUUUGGUAGGCCUCGAGCUGCAAGUGGGAAGCCCUGAGAAUUGCAAAUGGGCUAACGGAGGUCCUGAACAGCUGCCAUGGGAGGCUCCUACGAAUUCGUCAAGUGCGCUUGCGCAAACUUGAGGGAGAAGGACGAUACGUGGAACGCGACAUGGGGAGGUCUUGCUUCUGGUGCAAUGCUGGGUUUGAGAUGUAAGGAGGAGACGGAUAUCCUCGACUUGCUACGUCAGCAUGCUAAUGGAGUGACUUAUAGUUCGCUCAGCACCAGCCGUAUUUGGCUACGGCUCCGCUUUAGCUGUCGUGAUCUCCGCUUUCACAUACACUGGCGGCAGACUUCAGGGCUACCACAGAGACCCCGACGUCGACGAGGUCAGCCGGAAAGAAUACUUGAGAAAGAACAGGAGGCGGCCGAUUGAGCAGACAAUCAACGAGUUAGGCGAGGGAAGAGGUGCGUAUAUCAGAAGAUGCGUUCGUCGAGAGACUGGAGAAUCGCGUCGAACUGGAUCCUUGAGAUCAUGGAGCUAACACGAGACAGGUAUCUAUGCUCCGGGAUAUGAGCAGCGGAGAGCAGAACGAAUCAAGGAGCGAUACGGCAUCGACGUCCCAGUUCAGUCCGCAACUUCGUAG